AUGAUCGCCCUCGUUCUUUUCCAGCUGACCUGGGUGGCGCACGCACAGACGGAUGCUUUGGUGCCCGGAGGCUUCCCGGGCGCCUUACCGGGCAUCGUCCCGGGGCUCCGGAAGGUGCUCCAGGCUGCGCCGACGGAGGCGCCCAGCCUGGUGCCCCCGCCGCCCCCGGCGCCGCCGAACCGGGCGUUGCCCUCGACGAAGGUGGACGCUCUAGCCUCUGAUGCCAUUACGACCUCAUCAAAACCAGGUAUGAAGAUCAGCAUCGACAUGACAGGCUUCCACAUGAGCGCUGAAGAGAUCAGACAAUCAGAGGACAAGCUGAAGCAGGAGGCGCAGAAUGAAGCGAGGGUUCAGGAGGAGGAGAUUGCCCAUCGCCAUGAAGCGUACCAGUGGCUGAAGCAGCACGGCAACAACAUGGACAACUCUGUCUGCGAGGCGGCAGGGACCUUCUUCAACUUCAAGGUCCUCACGCAGCUCGUGAAGAUGGGAGGUUCAGUGAAUAAGCAGAUGUGCGGCUCCGACUCGGGAACCCCCCUUCAGGCCGCCGCUUACUGGGGCCUCUCUGAAGGAGUGAAGCGGAUCAUGCGAGAGCUGGGAGCGGAUCCCAAUCUCUGCAACGCCAAAGGCUUGCCACCGGUUUAUGAAGCCUGUGAGCAUGUGAAUGGCCCUAGCAACAAGGACACGAUCCUUGGCCUGGUGGAAGGCGGAGCCGAUCUCAACAUGGAAGUCGAAGGAGUGUCCUUGGUGAAGCUUGCCAUGCAGAAGGGCUCCUGGGCCGUGGCAAGAUGUCUUCUGCGGGCGGGUGCCACCUGGCCCUUCGUCUUCGACACCAAGCUGGAAGUGCAUGGCCAGGCCUACAACCUGCCGCAUGUGCCGCUCAGCAUGAAGGACGCGCACUACCACUUUUGCCGCGCCGCCGAGACGGGGAACACCACCAUGAUUGUGAGCUACAUUGCUUCUGGCAUGGACAUGGACUAUGGGCUAUGCUGGACGCCUUCGCUGACGUGGUAUACCACCGUCCUGGGCCACGCAGCCUUCCACCGGCAAAAGGAAGUGGUCCGCUUGCUCACCAGCUGGGGCUCCUCCUCGAAGAAGUCGGUGAGCUGCCUGAAGAAGCGAAAGCAGUGCCGUGGAAACAGCUGCUUCAAUUGCUACAGCGCCUGCGAGGCCUAUCACUCGAAAGAUGAGACCUUGGAGAGCGAGAAGCGGGUGCGAAGGGUCCCCAGGGUGCUGGAAAACACGGUAUUGGCUUGGGCCAUUGGGGUGUUCCUGUUUUCAAGUGGCCAUUUGAACUGCCCUUUGCCACAUGUUUGCAUCCUUGCAGAUCGUUUGCCAGGCGCGCAGUUCCAGGAGCUUCAGCGCUUCGGUUUGGCACUGAAAAGCGGGCUCGGACAAAGCUUCGAAGACAGUUCUAUAGAAGGUCCCAUGGAUGGCCUCUGCGAGAGCCGCGAAGCGCCGCGAAGCCGCUGCGACUUCGGAAUCCAAAAGAUGAAGCCCAUGCCAUGGUCAGAACGACCACGCGCCAGCGUGGCCUUGGGGUCCACCUUCGCCUGGCUGCUUCAAAAGGGCCGCAAGCGUGCACAGAGCUUUUUGACCGCGGCUGCAGAGGCAAUCCGGGACUCCGAUCCAAUAAGAUUUCUGAGCCAUGGCGUCAAUGCAGCAGAGAAGGAGACGGAAAUCGAGGGAAAAGAGCGCGGCGGGAAACGUCCUCAGGGACAAGGUGGAGUACCGGUGGAGGCCUUCAAGAAGGGCUUGGGGUGGCUGUGGGCCUCGGGGCAAAAGCUGGCGCGGUGGCCCGACACCGAGGACGGAAGUGGCCUCGGAGGAGACCUGGUUGGACUUGCUGAGGAGUCGGAUGGAUCGGAGAUCGGGAAUGCCUCAGCACCCGGUGGCUAUCUGAGCAACUCCAGCGACUAUGUGAGCUCUACAGGUGUUCCAGUGCCCUCUCUCCUGGUGAAUGGUAAGGUCCCGGUGGAUGCCGUAGCGAGUUGGCACUCGGGGAUUUUCGCCGCUGCUCCCUUGCCGCGCCGACUCGCCAUGGGGGCCGCUUUCCCCUCGUCCAACGUCUCUGGACUGGUGGCCGAUGGUCUCGGCUUGGACCAGAGCCUGUGUCGCCAGACCUACGAAGAUGGUAGCGAGUACUACGGCCAGUUUGCGAAGCGUCAAUUCCACGGCCAAGGGCGGAUGCGCUGGAGUGCCGGCGACGAAUACACCGGUUGUUGGGUGAACGGAAAGAUGCAUGGCCAGGGUGUCUACAAGUACUAUGACGGUACCAGAUACCAGGGCGAGUUCCGAGAAAAUCUUCGAGAGGGCUACGGCAUUUUGACGUUCAACGACGGAAGCCUCUACGAGGGCGGCUGGCAUGAAGACGUGCCGGAGGGCGAGGGCCGCGUGAUCUACUCCAACGGGCAGAUCUUGAACACCACCUUCCGUGCGGGCCAGCAGAGUAUGGAGCACUUGGAGAGUUUGGUCAAUGAAUCAGAGCCUCCAUUGCCUCCAGAAGUUGCGCUGGCCUUUACCACAGAGGCCAUCGCCGACCGGGCCGAGCCCAGCAACCAGCCCAUGCUGGCAGAUGCCAGCGCCAGCAACGCGGCCUUGCCGCCCCCGCCGCCUGAGCCAAGGCAGCUUACGGGUGAUGUGGCGCUAGCAUUGGAGGGUGCACGCCUGCCCGUGUUGGCCUUGACCAACCUGCCACCUCCGCCGCCCCUGAGCACGGUCAAAGCGCCGAGCAUCCUUCAGCCACUUGGGCGGACUCGGCAGACUCGGUGAAGGUCGAAUGCGCCUCCGCCACCGGCACCAGACCAAGGCCUUCGUGGAACCUGACGCUUCGUCACCGGUCACCGGUCGUCACCCGGUGUUUCACUGAACGGGGCAGCGAAAGGGUUGGUGACCGAGCUGAGCUUAGCACGGUGAUCGUCC